GUGCACCCCAAUCCAAGUCUUAAUUUCUCUUUGAUUUUUCAAUCACAGAUCACAACAAUACUCUCACGCACUUACCAUGUUUUGACCACUUUUUUCUGUUUUCACUUUUGGUUCUUCCUCUUCCUCUUCCACUUCAUCGAUCCACACAGAUUGGACAGACAGAGCGUCACCAGAAAAAGAUACCCUUUUUUUUAUUUAGUUUUUUUUUUUUUUUUUUUAACUUUGGAGAAUGGAAAAAGGUGACCCAUUUAUUUAUAUAACGGUAAUUUGGAAAUGAGUGGUAGUUAAAAGGCUUGGUUAGAAGGCCCAGAUAAUUUUUGGAAAGUCAAGUUUUUCAAAAUCAUUUUCCUGCUGAGGUAAGAAGACCCAGAAGCGUUGUUGAGAGAAAGGACUGGCUGCUAAUUGCUGAAUCAAGAGAUACGAACUAGCAAUGGACGAAGUUGCUAAUAAAGUUCAAGGUGGCUUUUAUGCUGCAGAUGCAGCUUUUGGAAAACUCUACUCACUUGAGGGGUUCUCAACUAAAGAAAAUGACAUGCAAGAAUUGGAGAUAUCCCUGCAAGCUUUAACAGAAAUAGACUAUCGCUUAGCCUAUUCUUCUGAGAAGCUAGUGAACUUGCAUGUGCUUUAUAUUUAUCUGUUAGCCCGGGAAAAUGAUCUUGAAGCAAUGGAUUCAAAGAAUAACAGCAACUUGGCAAACUUAUUUGAGAAAGGAAUGACAUUUGAUCUAUUGUCUGACAUUUUAGGUUCUGAGGUAAGAGAGCUGGACAAUUUCAUGGACACUCUCCAAGAAGAAAUUGUUGAUGCUCGUCAUAAAAUAUUUUCAUGCAGACACUUGACUGAAGUUUUCUUUAUGAUGGACAAAAAAUUGCAUGACUCUGAAGAGUCUGUGAAGGAGUUUCAACAGCAGUUAUUGGAGUUGAAGAUGCAGUCAUCCCAGUUACAGAAAACCCUUGAAGUUUUUCGGCAUGAAAAUUGCGAAAUGGGGAAGGCCUUGAAUUUAUCAGAAAAUGGUCAAUUGACAGAUAUGAAAGCAAAAUCCAAUGACCAGAUGGUUGGACAACAAAGGUAUAUACUACGAAUGCUUGAGAGGUCCCUUGCAAGGGAGCUAGAUCUUGAAAAGAAGUUAGCAGAAUCAAGAAAAAAUGAAGAGCUAAAGUUGAAACUCCACUACACAGAACAAGUGGCAUUUUAUAUGGAAGAAGCAGCGGAAGUAGUUUGGGGAAGAUUUCUAGAGGCAGACAAUGCUGCGGAAGUGUUGAUGGGGAUUUCUAAAGGUAUAAUGGGACGCCUCCAAGUUACUGAGUUCAACCUUAAUGGUUCUAUGCAACGAGAAAAUGAGCUGAAAUCAAAGGUUCAGAAUGUCUUAGAACAACUUAAGGCUAAAGAUGCUGCUUUAGAUAAGCUUGAGAGAUGUAAUGUUGAGAAUGAUAAGCAAAAUUCUGAAGUGUUGGCUUUGAGGGAAAAGGUGAAAUUUCUUGAAGAAGAACGAAAAGAUUUUGAGCAUCGGAUAAAUGAUGUGAUUGCAGAAAAUGAAACAUGUCACGAACAACUUAUUGAAAUGGAAAAUUUUGUUGAGUCUCUCAAAGAAAGCAUUGACAUGGCCGAAAAUCGGGCUGAGAGUGCAGAAGCAAAGAUUACACAGUUAACUGAGACCAACUUGGAACUUACUGAAGAACUGAAUUUUCUUAAAGGGAGUGCUAGUACUGCAGAAAAAAAGGUUGGUUCACUUGAGAAGCAACUAAGGGAAUUAGAUAUCCAACUACAGAAUUCAAAGGCAACUUCUGAAGCAAGUCAAGAACAGCAGAACAUGUUAUACACCGCAAUAUGGGAUAUGGAAAUAUUAAUUGAAGAGCUAAAGUCAAAGGUUUCAAAAGCUGAAAGUAAAAAAGAAAGUGCAGAAGAGCAAUGUGUUGUGCUAUCUGAAACUAACUUUGAACUUAAUAAAGAAUUGGACCUCCAGAAGUCCAGAACGAUUAGCCUGAAAACAUCUUUGGAUCAAGCUAACAAUUCAAAAUUAUCAAGUGCAAAAGAAAUUGAUACCAGAACCAAGUUUAUCAUGGAUAUGGUAAUGCAACUAGCCACCGAAAGGGAGCGCAUCAAUAAGCAGCUAGGUGCAUUAAAACAGGAAAAUAAAAGUUUGGUAGAAAAGUUAAAGGAUAGUAAAAUCGGUGCCCCACUAGAUGCAUGUAACAAUGGACUAAAUAGCAGAAAUGAAGAUCAAGCUUCCAACAUUGACUCAAGCAAUGAUAGCUGUACAAAAUCAUCUGAUGCAGAAGGAACAAAUCACUUCAAUAAAACCUUUCAGGUGGGUGAACCAUCAGAAGAUGCAAGCCCUGAAACUCAAGUAACAUCAUCUGUUUCAGCAAAUAAGCCUGCAAAUUGGAGAAACUUGAUAUUUCUUUUAGUGGCAAUUUUUGUCCCAUUGGUUUCUGCGUUAGCCUUCACCUUGUUUGACAAAAAGACGUUUUCCUUUCUGAAAGCUUUUGAAGGCUAAGAGUUAUCACCUAGCAGAUAGAAAAUUUGUUGUUUGUGCAGUUGUGCUUCCCUCCAAGUCCUUCUUUAGCUUCUGUACUGUAUAUUAUUCAUGUAUUUAUGUCAUCCUAGAGUGGGUGUAAGCUGAUAUUACUCUUAAACUGUAUAUGAUUCUAUCAUGAGUUCUUAACAGAUCAAGAGAU